AUGGGGCGUGGGAAGAUCCAGAUCAAGCGGAUUGAGAACACGACGAGCCGGCAGGUGACCUUCUGCAAACGCCGCAACGGCCUCCUCAAGAAGGCCUACGAGCUGUCCGUCCUCUGCGACGCCGAGGUCGCACUCAUUAUCUUCUCCGGCCGCGGCCGCCUCUACGAGUAUGCCACAAAUAGUGCGAAAGCAACUAUUGAUAGGUAUAGGAAGGCAUGCAAUGAAACCAGCAGCAUUGGAUUUGUUUCAGAGGCAAAUGCUCAGUACUACCAGCAAGAAGCAUGGAAACUGCAUCAGCAGAUCAACAAUUUACUCACAGCAAACAGGAGUUUGAUGGGUGAGACUCUCGGAUCCAUGAACCUAAGGGACCUAAAGCAACUGGAGACUAAAUUAGAGAAAGGAUUAAACAAAAUAAGAUCCAAAAAGAAUGAGCUACUGUUUGCUGACACUGAGUACACACAGAAAAAGGAAAUGGAGCUGCAAAAGGACAACAUGUAUCUGAAGAACAUGAUAAAUGAAAAUGAUCAGCAACAUAAAGUGGCAUCGACUAGUGAAUUUGAGGCCAUGCCGGCAUAUGAUUCAAGGAGGAACUUUUUACAAGUGAACACUGCACGACACAGUCAAGAGUACACUCCUCAUCUGGGGUCGCCGUUGUUCGAGUGCGCCGCCUCGACGUUCUCUUCUCUUUCCGGUCCCGGUAGCCGUCGCUAA